GUCGAUAUCUGACGUGUACAGAGAGAUAGACAGGGCGCUUGACCUGCUCAACCAUAUCAUCGACCGCAAUGGACAUCACAACCAAGAAAGAUGGGUACUAAGCAACGGAGAAAACAUACAGGCAAAGCAGCCGACCACUCACCGCCUCCCUUUCGCUGCCUGCUGGCUGAUACUGCUGCAGUAACCCACCGUUCCAUCGACGCAUUUUACGUCCCUUCCCCUCCCAGGCCGCAGCCCCUUCUGCUGCCCAACCACGUGCACGACACACAGGGCCGCAACGUCGGUGACAUCGGCUGCAAUGUGGAGCACCUGAACCAUCUCCUGUGGCAGCUGAGAGAGGGGGGAGGGGAGAGGGCUGAGCACAAGUCAGCUGUGUGGUCCCCCUCUUAUCAUGGGAGGAGGCCGGUUGCAAGCGUGGAGAUGGGUGUGGGUGGGGCUGCAAGUGCUUUGCAGUCUUAUGUGGAUGGGUAUCGUGAGCAGCUGGCUGUGCUGGAGGAGUGGCAUCGGCCACAGGAGGGCAGCAGCAGGGAGGGAGAAGACAGGGCGGGCGAGGAAAACAAGAGGGACACUCAGUGACCUGUCAGUGG